AUGGCUCCAACUGCGUGUUUCAACUGCAAGGAGGCCCGGGCGGUCAUCAUCCGCCCAAAGAAUCGAAAUAAGCUCUGCCGAGCAUGCUUCCUGGAAGUAUUCGAGACCGAAGUGCACGAGACGAUCAUCGGCACAAACCUGUUCUACCCCGGAGAACGAGUCGCCAUCGGCGCUAGCGGUGGCAAGGACAGCACUGUGCUAGCAGCGGUUCUCAAGACACUGAAUGAACGGUACGGAUAUGGUCUGGAUCUGUGUCUCCUCUCCAUUGACGAGGGAAUCCGUGGCUAUCGCGACGACAGUCUUGAAACUGUGAAGCGCAAUGCGGUGCAGUACGAUAUGCCGUUAGAGAUUCUGGGAUACGGAGAGCUUUACGGGUGGACGAUGGACCAGGUGGUGGCACAAAUUGGCAAGAAGGGGAACUGCACAUACUGCGGUGUCUUCAGGCGACAGGCGCUUGAUCGGGGUGCCGCGAAACUGGGUAUCAAGCACGUCGUAACCGGUCACAAUGCAGACGAUGUCGCGGAGACUGUCAUGAUGAACCUGCUUCGCGCUGAUUUACCUCGGUUGUCUCGCGGAACGAGUAUUGUGACAGAAUCCGGCGCAUCGGAUAUCAAGCGCAGCAAGCCGUUGAAGUAUGCUUAUGAGAAAGAGAUUGUGCUCUACGCUCACCACCGCCAACUUGACUACUUCUCCACCGAGUGCAUUUACUCCCCAGAGGCAUUCCGCGGCAGCGCUCGAACCUUGAUCAAAGACUUGGAGAAGAUUCGACCCAGCUCGAUUUUGGAUAUCGUGAAGAGUGGCGAGGACAUGGCUGCCCUCGUGCCACGAGAGAUCACCCACAGUGGAAAGAAAUGCGGGUCGACGGCAGCGGUCGAAGAUGAUAUCGGUGGCUGUGGAAGUCAGAACGGACGUACCAGCGGUGGUGAGAUGGCUGCCAUGGAGAAGGAACUGGCCGAGAAUGAGUCCGCAGAGUCCCGUGAGACAGAGAUCCGCCUCCCCAAGGGUCAGCCUUCGAGUGUCUCUCAGCAAAAGAUUAUCAAGAAACAGACUCUUGGCCACUGCGAACGCUGCGGAUACCUCUCUAGUCAGCGUAUUUGCAAAGCAUGCAGUCUCCUGGAUGGCCUGAACCGAAAUCGGCCUAAGACUGCAAUCGAAGUCAGUGUCGGCAUGGAGGAUGAGGAGAUUAGCUCGACGCUCAUGAGACAGAUGGAACGGACGCAAUUGACCAACAGUUGA